AUGGCGGUUUGUCGUGUCAUGCAAUCGCUGUUCUUAUUUUUGAUUAUUGCAAACUUUAUUUGUAAUAAUUCAUUGGGAUGUUAUUCCGAAGGACAAGAAUACAGUGCUGUAAAUUAUUCGAUAAAGAAUGAGUUUGCAGUUGGUCAAGAAAUUACAAGACCUAUACGAUAUGAAAUUUCGAGACGUUCGAAAUCACAAACUGCUUCGUUGAAACCAGGACAGUCAACCUCGAAUAAAAUCUCUACGGUUAUGAACAUAUCUCGGCAUUUUAUGUUGGCGAUGCUUAUCGAAAGAUGCGGAGAUAUAGCUCUAAACCCGGGUCCUGUUGGUAAGUGUUUGACUUGUAAAGGAACAGUUAGAAGGAAUCAAAUAUCGGUAAACUGUAAUGUAUGCAAUGGUUUGCUUCAUGUGAAAUGUUGUGAUCUAACUGAUAAAGCGGGCCCGAUUUGUCAUACUUGUUUUCCCAACAAUAGUAUCUUGAACAGUGACACGACAGGAUAUUCUAAUUAUAUCGUCGAAGAUUUACAAAAUCUGAUUUCCAAGCGUGGCUUAACUAUUUGCCAUCAAAAUAUCUGCGGACUGUCUAGAAAAAUUGACUCCCUGCGUGUUCUCCUUGAUUCACAUAAAGGAAUUCAUAUCCUUGGUCUUGGCGAAACACAUCUUUAUGACGACGUGUAUGACAGUGAAAUAGAAAUAGCUGGCUGUAAGUUAUUUAGAAAAGAUAGAUCUGGUAAUAACUAUGGUGGGAUUGUUGUUUACUUGAGGGAUACAAUAAAUGCUAUUAGACGCAUUGACCUGGAAAUUGAAUCAAUUGAAGCAAUUUGGGUGGAAAUUACAAUGCCUUGUACACGGGGUUUACUAGUGGCUCACUUCUAUAGACCACCGGACGGUUCGCAAUAUCUGCAUGGACCCUGA